AUGGCUGAAAUCGCUCCUGAUCAAGUCUCCCCUAAGACCUCUCAAGAGGCUACCAUCCCCUCUGCCGCAUCCCCUACUACCGGCGCUAACGGUACCAACGAGAAUGGUGAACACCCCCUCUCACUUCGAUCGUUGGUCUCUACCAAAGAGGCAGGUAUCAUCAUCGGUAAAGCCGGAGCUACCAUCGCUCAUAUCAGAAAUUUGACCGGUGUCAAAGCUGGAGUAUCAAAAGUUGUACCAGGUGUACAAGAUCGUGUAUUCUCCGUUUCGGGGGAUCUCGAAUCAGUCUCUUCAGCUUAUGCAGAAGUAGCUAGACUCCUUCUUGAAACUCCUCUCUCGGACUCUUCCCUACCUCCUCCACCCGUUGGAUCAUUCACUUCUAUUCGAUUACUCAUCUCUCACAAUUUGAUGGGUACCGUCAUUGGACGAUCAGGUCUCAAGAUCAAACAGAUCCAAGACCUCUCCGGAGCAAGGAUGGUAGCUUCUAAAGAGAUGUUACCCCAAUCUACCGAAAGGGUAGUAGAAGUUCAAGGAUCAGUAGAUGCUAUCAAAACUGCUGUUGCUGAAAUUGCUAAAUGUCUCCAAGAAGAUUUCGAUAGGGGAGCCGGUACCGUUCUCUACCACCCUGGUGCGGCUGGUGAUGCCGGUGUAUUAGCUGGUGGAUUAGGUGCUCAAGCUGUUACUGGCCCCACUGGAGGAAUCAGAAGGACCUCGGUUGCUGCCGGUUUCGGUAACCCCUUCCCUACUGGUGAGAGAAGAGGUUCGGCCGUUCCCCGAGCUUCCAUCUCAGGUGCAGCUGGAGCUGGAGCUGCCUUAGCCGACAGAAGACAAUCCGAGAACCCUCCAAUCAACCUCAAUGAUCCCAACCUCAGAACUCAAAACAUCUCUAUUCCUAGUGAUAUGGUCGGUUGUAUCAUCGGUCGAGGUGGUGCUAAGAUCACUGAGAUCAGACGACUUUCCGGUUCGAGAAUCUCCAUCGCUAAAGUCCCCCACGACGAGACCGGCGAGAGAAUGUUCACCAUUCAAGGUACUCCCGAAUCUACCGAGAGAGCCUUAAUGCUCCUCUACUCUCAACUCGAGUCUGAGAAAGAGCGACGGGUUAACCAAAACCAAGAUGGCGCCGAGGCUGCUUAA